AUGGGCAGUGUGUUCUAUCAUGCGGGUUUAUGGUCAAGUACACGGUUGAGACUGUCCAGUUUUAAAACUGUGUGUGUGUCUGAAUCGAAUGGUGUAUUUGGAGGGCAAGUUUUAGAGCAAGUGGAUAAGGAGCUAAGAAAGGGGGAUGAGAGGGCAGCACUCUCCCUUGUCAAGGAUUGGCAGGGCAGGCUUGGGGGUCUCCGAUGUUUCGGUGCUGCUCGGCAGGUACCCCAGAGGCUAUACACCUUGGAUGAACUAAAACUGAAUGGAAUAGAAACGUCAUCUCUUCUGUCACCAGUGGAUGCCACAUUGGGUUCUAUAGAAAGAAAUCUCCAGCUUGCUGCUAUUAUAGGAGGAAUUUCUGCAUGGAAUGUGUUCGGAUUUANGUGGAUGCCACAUUGGGUUCUAUAG